CCCGCGCCUAUAUAGGGCUGGCGCGCGGGGGUCCGGGCCGCGCCAGCCCGGGACGCCUGGCUUUGCCCGUUCCACUCUGCUCCACACCGCUCGCCAAUCGCCUCCUGAGCGCCAGGCAUGGCCCCAAGUACCGUGGCGGUAGAGAUGCUCAGUCCCAAGGAGAAAAACAGAUUGCGGAAGCCGGUGGUGGAGAAGAUGCGUCGGGACCGCAUCAACAGCAGCAUAGAGCAGCUGAAGCUGCUGCUGGAGCAGGAGUUCGCGCGGCACCAGCCCAACUCCAAGCUGGAGAAGGCCGACAUCCUGGAGAUGGCUGUCAGCUACCUGAAGCACAGCAAAGCCUUCGCCGCCGCCGCCGGUCCCAAGAGCCUACACCAGGACUACAGCGAGGGCUACUCGUGGUGCCUGCAAGAGGCCGUGCAGUUCCUGACCCUGCACGCUGCCAGCGACACGCAGAUGAAGCUGCUCUAUCACUUCCAGCGGCCCCCAGCUCCCACCGCACCUGCCAAGGAGCCGCCGGCGCCGGGCGCUGCGAUCCACCCGACGCGCUCCCCGGCUAAAACCGCUGCCGCAGUCGCCACUUCCCGCCAACCAGCCUGCGGCCUCUGGCGGCCCUGGUGACCCCGCGGCGAACGGGUGCCUGGAGCGGACCAGAGGACAGACAAGCCGGUUCCUCUCGUUCCUCUCGGUGUAGGGAAGACCUUCCCCAGCCGCAGUUCAGCCCCAGGUUGGCCGCCACCUUCUUCUGAAGGCUCCCUCCCCGAGGCUGGCUGGCCAGCAGAAGGGUCAUUCUUAGAGAAUGUAUGUGCAGAGUUGUCAUUUGGGGAUAAUCAGGGUCCACCCUCUGCCGCGUGUCCAACCCCAUGGGGUUGUUUUGUGUAUGCAUUUCAGCAAGUGACUUCUGGGAAGUUCCCGGUCACCGGGGGUUCUAUGAUAUUUGUAGAGUCAGGGGUUGGUUUGCUGGUGCCCCAGCCUGUAGAGGACUUUCUUCAGGGCCCGUUGCUGCUGGGCAAGCACCCUGCAGGCGGGCUGUGCCCUGGGCACACUUGCCUUUUGUGAAGGCGGAACUGCAGGCGUUUCCUCAUAGGAAAGCACUCAGCCUGUGUGGGCAUAGGGCCUAUGGGACCUCACCUAAAGGUUCAUGUGGCCUUGGCUGUCUGAUACAUGCUCAUAAUGGGCUGUCUGGGAGGGUGGGGUCUCCACGAUGAUCCUUAAAGGACUCCUCUGUGUGGGUGGGUGCAUGUGGGCACAAUUUUGUACUUAGAAUUUGAACUCUUGGUCAUGUGGGAGACCACAGACUGCUCUAAAGGCUUCUAAUAAAAUAUCAAGCCCUCCA